CAUGCGCGCUGCCGGACAGCAGUGACUAGACAUUCGGUCAUAGAAGCGGUGGAGGGGGCGCUCGAGCCGCGUCGAUGAAACAAAUCUACGCUUGAAGGCAGAUUAUCAAGAGGGCCCUUGCUGCUCAUCCUGGAGCAAGAGACCCAGGGCGAUGUCAACACCAGAUCCCCCCAUGGGAGGCACCCCUCGCCCAGGUCCUCCCUCCCCUGGGGCGAUGCUGGGCCCCAGCCCAGGGCCCUCCCCAGGCUCCUCUCACAGCAUGAUGGGCCCCAGCCCUGGCCCUCCAUCCUCGGGCCACUCCCAGCCAGGGCCCUCUGGAUACAGCCAGGACAACAUGCACCCUCCGCACAAACCCAUGGACAGCAUGCAUGAGAAAGGCAUGAGUGAGGAGAGCCGCUUCAGCCAGAUGAAGGGACUAUCAAUGAGACAGGGCGGGCACAGUGGUAUGGGCCCCCCACCCAGUCCUCUAGACCAACACUCGCAAGGAUACCAUUCUCCAUUAGGGGGCUCUGACCACUCCAGCCCUGUCCCUUCGAAUGGUCCCCCCUCUGGACCGCUUAUGCCAUCGUCCUCUUCCUCCUCCUCCUCUGGUGGUCCCGGCUCUGCCCCUACACCUUUAGAUGGCCCCGGUGGAGAUCAACACACUCUUGGUCCCAAUAACCGGCCUGGCCCUCCAGGUAGCUCCGGCCCAGGCCCCAGCCCUGGACCCAGCCUUGGCCCCAGUCUCUCCACCCUUGCAUCUGGCCUUGAAUCUGGAGUACCUCCAUGCCCUGGAGGUCCUGGUGGCCCUACUCCCUUUAACCAGAACCAGCUUCACCAACUCAGAGCCCAGAUCAUGGCUUAUAAGAUGCUGGCCCGUGGGCAGCCAUUGCCAGACCACCUCCAAAUGGCUGUCCAAGGGAAGAGGCCCAUGCCGGGGAUGCAGCAGCAGCAGUCCAUGUCCAGUUUGGCUCCUGGAUCUGGAGGCGGGCCAGUAGGUGGACCAAUAGGACCAGUACCAGUGCCUGGGCCAAUGGGUUCAGGCUACAGUCGAGCUCAUGGAAUGAUGGGUCCCAACAUGCCUCCUCCAGGCCCAUCGGGCACUCCAGCUGGGAUGCAGGGACAAAACCCAAAUGGACCUCCCAAGUGCUGGCCAGAAGGCCCCAUGGUGAAUGCAGCAGCCCCCUCCAACGCACCCCAGAAGCUUAUCCCCCCUCAGCCCACUGGUCGACCCUCUCCUGCCCCACCUUCAGUUCCCCCAGCUGCCUCCCCAGUAAUGCCUCCCCAGACUCAGUCCCCCGGCCAGCCGACACAGCCUACUCCCAUGAUGCCUUACCAUGCCAAGCAGAACCGCAUAACCCCCAUUCAGAAACCCUGUGGACUCGACCCAGUGGAGAUACUGCAGGAGAGGGAGUUCAGGUUACAGGCUCGUAUCACUCAUCGUAUUGCUGAGCUGGAGAACUUGCCGGGCUCUCUGGCUGGGGAUUUACGUACCAAAGCUACUAUAGAGCUCAAAGCCCUCCGACUGCUAAACUUCCAGAGACAGCUGCGUCAAGAGGUUGUGGUGUGUAUGCGUCGUGACACAGCGCUAGAGACUGCCCUCGAUGCCAAGGCCUACAAGCGAAGCAAGCGUCAGUCUCUGCGAGAGGCGCGCAUCACCGAGAAACUGGAGAAACAGCAGAAGAUUGAGCAAGAACGCAAACGCCGGCAGAAACAUCAGGAGUACCUCAACAGCAUCCUGCAACACGCCAAAGACUUUAAAGAGUACCACCGCUCCAUCACAGGCAAAAUGCAGAAACUGACAAAAGCUGUGGCCACCUACCAUGCCAAUACUGAACGGGAGCAGAAAAAAGAGAAUGAGCGCAUUGAGAAAGAGAGGAUGAGGAGGCUCAUGGCUGAGGAUGAGGAGGGCUAUCGUAAACUGAUUGACCAAAAGAAGGAUAAGCGCCUGGCCUACCUGCUGCAACAAACUGACGAGUAUGUCGCCAACCUCACCGAGCUGGUCAGAGCUCACAAAGCUGCGCAGGCCCUCAAGGAGAAAAAGAAGAAGAAGAAGAAGAAGAAAAAAUUGGAGAAUGCAGAGGGUCCUACUCCUGUCAUGGGUCCUGAUGGCGAGCCUCUCGAUGAGACAAGCCAGAUGAGUGACCUGCCUGUGAAAGUCAUCCACGUUGACAGUGGGAACAUCCUGACAGGACUGGACGCUCCAAGAGCUGGACAGCUAGAGACCUGGCUGGAGAUGAACCCUGGUUAUGAGGUGGCUCCUCGCUCAGACAGUGAAGACAGCGAGGAGGAGGAAGAGGAGGAGGAGGAAGAGGAGGAGCCUCAGCCGUCGGCUACUCAGGUGGAGGAAAAGAAGAAGAUUACAGACCCCGACUGUGAAGAUGUGUCAGAGGUGGACGUCCGACACAUCAUCGAAAAUGCUAAACAGGACGUGGAUGAUGAAUAUAUCGGUGCAGCGUUCGCCCGAGGCCUCCAGUCUUAUUAUUCUGUGGCUCACGCUGUUACAGAAAAGGUGGAGAAACAGUCCAGUUUGCUAAUAAAUGGACAACUCAAGCAGUAUCAGAUUAAAGGUCUGGAGUGGCUGGUUUCCCUCUACAAUAAUAAUCUGAAUGGGAUCCUGGCAGAUGAGAUGGGUCUGGGAAAAACCAUUCAGACUAUCGCCCUCAUCACAUACCUCAUGGAGAACAAACGGCUUAAUGGUCCCUACCUCAUCAUUGUACCCCUCUCAACUCUUUCUAACUGGGUGUAUGAGUUUGACAAGUGGGCACCAACAGUUGUCAAAGUGUCCUACAAGGGGUCUCCUGCUGCCAGGAGAGCCUUUGUCCCCCAGCUGCGCACUGGCAAGUUUAAUGUUUUACUCACCACUUACGAGUACAUCAUCAAGGAUAAACAAGUACUGGCCAAGAUUCGUUGGAAAUACAUGAUUGUGGAUGAGGGCCACCGUAUGAAGAACCACCACUGUAAGCUGACCCAGGUCCUAAACACUCACUACCUGGCCCCACGACGAGUCCUGCUGACAGGAACGCCGCUUCAGAACAAACUACCUGAGCUCUGGGCGUUGUUAAACUUCCUCCUGCCCACCAUCUUCAAGAGUUGCAGCACCUUUGAGCAGUGGUUCAACGCCCCUUUCGCUAUGACUGGAGAGAAGGUGGACCUUAAUGAAGAGGAGACCAUCUUGAUAAUCCGUCGUCUCCACAAAGUACUUCGUCCCUUCCUGUUACGCAGAUUAAAGAAGGAAGUGGAGGCACAGCUUCCAGAGAAGGUGGAAUAUGUGAUCAAGUGUGACAUGUCAUCUCUUCAGAGGGUGCUGUACAGGCACAUGCAGGCCAAGGGGGUCCUGCUCACUGAUGGAUCAGAGAAGGACAAGAAGGGUAAAGGUGGCACAAAGACACUGAUGAACACCAUCAUGCAGCUGAGGAAGAUCUGUAACCACCCAUACAUGUUCCAGCAGAUAGAGGAAUCUUUCUCUGAACAUUUAGGAUUCUCUGGUGGGAUAGUCCAGGGUCCAGACCUGUAUCGGGCAUCAGGAAAGUUUGAGGUGUUGGAUCGAAUCCUGCCAAAGCUGAGAGCCACAAACCACAAAGUACUGCUCUUCUGUCAGAUGACCUCACUCAUGACCAUCAUGGAGGACUACUUUGCCUAUCGCAGCUUCAAGUAUCUGCGUCUGGAUGGCACUACGAAAGCUGAAGAUAGAGGAAUGUUGCUGAAAACAUUCAAUGAACCAGGAUCAGAGUACUUUAUCUUCCUCCUGAGCACAAGAGCUGGAGGCCUCGGCCUAAAUUUGCAGUCUGCCGACACUGUGGUUAUUUUUGACUCUGACUGGAACCCACAUCAGGACCUGCAGGCUCAGGACAGAGCCCACCGUAUCGGUCAACAGAACGAGGUGCGUGUGCUGCGUCUUUGCACAAUCAACAGUGUUGAAGAGAAAAUUCUGGCUGCUGCCAAGUACAAACUUAACGUGGACCAAAAGGUCAUACAGGCUGGCAUGUUUGAUCAGAAGUCUUCCAGCCACGAGCGCAGGGCCUUCCUGCAGGCCAUCCUGGAACACGAGGAGCAGGACGAGGUCUGGGGUCAGGAAGUCUGUCUACGCAUUAAUGAGGAGGAUGAGGUGCCAGAUGAUGAGACGGUCAAUCAGAUGAUUGCCAGGAGUGAGGAAGAGUUUGAUCAGUUCAUGCGUAUGGAUCUAGACAGGCGUCGCGAGGAUGCCCGUAACCCACGGCGAAAACCUCGUCUGAUGGAGGAGGACGAGCUGCCCACAUGGAUCAUGAAGGAUGACGCUGAGGUCGAACGGCUGACCUGCGAGGAGGAAGAAGAGAAAAUGUUUGGACGAGGUUCACGACAGCGGAAGGAGGUGGAUUACAGCGAUUCGCUGACGGAGAAGCAGUGGCUCAAGUCUGUGUUUCCCGUGCAGGCGAUAGAGGAGGGUACACUAGAGGAGAUCGAGGAAGAGGUACGUCACAAAAAGACGACCCGCAAGAGGAAGCGUGACCGCGACCCGGAUCUCCCUGGUCCCUCCUCUUCCUCUGGGGGAAGAGGUCGAGGGGACAAAGAUGAAGAUGGGAAGAGGCAGAGGAAGAGGGGGCGACCACCUGCUGAGAAACUCUCCCCCAACCCCCCUGCCCUCACAAAGAAGAUGAAGAAGAUUGUGGACGCUGUCAUCAAGUAUAAAGACAGCGCCAGUGGGCGUCAGCUAAGCGAGGUGUUCAUCCAGCUGCCAUCUCGAAAAGAGCUGCCAGAGUACUACGAAUUGAUCCGCAAGCCUGUGGACUUCAGGAAGAUCAAGGAGAGGAUUCGAGGUCAUCGUUAUCGCAGUCUGGGUGACCUGGAGAGAGACGUCAUGCUGCUCUUCCAAAACGCUCAGACCUUUAACCUGGAGGGAUCACUGAUAUAUGAAGACUCCAUCGUCCUCCAGUCAGUGUUUACCAGCUUGAGGCAAAAGAUUGAGAAGGAGGAGGAAAGUGAAGGAGAGGAGAGUGAGGAAGAGGAAGACGAGCUGGAGGAAGGAUCAGAGACUGAAUCUCGCUCAGUGAAAGUGAAGAUCCGUCUGGGCAGGAAGGAUAAAGGUGGAGAUCGAGGGAAGGUUCGCAGCAGACGAUCAGGACGCAGUAGAGCCAAACCUGUUGUUAGUGAUGACGACUCUGAGGAUGAGCAGGAAGAGGAGCGUUCCCCCAGUGCCACUGACGAGGAGUCCUGAACUGUACUGUAAUGUGGGAGAGAACGGGAAAUAAAGGGAUAUUCCUCCAACUCAAGCAUUGCAUUUACAGUAAAUAAAAUAUUCCUCUGUCAACUCCAUCCAUCCUCAGUCAAAUAUCAUAGGACUCCAAUAGAAGGGUGGUUUGCAAUACAUUCUAUACAGAAACAGACAUACAUAUUAUUUGAUUAGUCAUAUUGACAUCACAUGAAAACAGUACACAUACAGUAUCAUAAAAUACACAGAUUAGUCUGACUAUGCACACCACAUAAACCUUUUCUGUUUCUCUGCUGAGGCCUAUUCUGGAAUAGUCUAAACACAAAGGGAUCAAAUGUUUUAACCUAUUUGUGCAAUUGCAGGAGGGUUUUAAAUCAGUUUUAAUGAGAACCGUGUCAGUGUAUAGGUGUGAAAUCCCUUCUGGGAGUCAGCUCAAUGUAGAAAAUAUACUGCAAAUUCCCUGAAGCCAUCCCCCCUGUUUACCAUUUAUAAACAGUAUAUAAAUACAGUAAUUGUAAUUCUCCUAUGAAGACAUAUUUUAUCUUAUUACAACUUGGUUUACUUUAUUAUCAUUUUCUUUUUAUAAACCAGCCUCCACUUAUUGGUGACCACAGGCAGAGUUAUAUCUGUUUACAAAUACAUUAAUAAAUGCUUAUAUCUGCUUAUAAGUACAUUAAAGUGUGUGAUAAACCACUUAUUAUAAAAAUGUUAUACACCGCUUUAACUAAAACCCUUAAACUAACCCCAACCAUAUUUAAGAGGAGUAAAUGUUCAGUAUGUUCAGCUCUGACAUAACAAGACAUUUAAUUUCCUAUGACGCCUUUAUUUAUCCAAAUUAUUUGUUUUGGACAUAUUUGGAUUAAAAAAUGAGUCCUUAGCUAUCCUGAGUCAUUAGAUCUGGCAUAUUCAGUAAAGUGAAGUAAACAACAUUGAAUGUAAACAGUAAAUGUUUUCAGAUGGAGCUGUUUUCACUACCCAACAUUACCUUACCUUAGCUUGCUUCUGGACAUACAAACCUGAUGUUUUGCCUCUGCUUUACUGUGGCGAUAUGUUGCAAAUAACACUCAGCCACUUUGGAGCCACUGUGAUUGCCGAGGUGUAUGCACAUCACAUAUUUGUGACCGGGGCUCACUGUUUGAGUUGGAAUCCUGCUGUGGGCGCAGGGUGUUUCCAGACUUCUCAGAAGCUCUUUAGCAACUCACCACAGUUAUUUGAGUGAGGUUUAAUGGAGUUGGGUCACGGUCAUUGUAUAUAAAGUACAGUAUAAAAACAACCUUGCUGCUGCGUACCUGUUACACUUCCAAUAUACUGUAAGCACUUAUAACUGUUGAUUGUAGACUUAAUCAUGAGGUCGUAAUUCAUCAAUGAGUACUGUAACUUUAACUGUUUCUCCUUCAGUUGUUGUGUGGUGACUUUAGGAUUUCAGAACUGUUUUGAUGUAUGUACUUUGGCACUUUUUAUGGUUUUGAUUUUAAGACAAAGGACCAGAGGGACAGUGGCUCCUCUCUGCUUGUGAAUGCCUCAUGGCCGUACAGUGUUGGAUAUACUUUAUAGAGUAUUUUUUAGAGCAUUAAAAAGUGUGUCAUUGCACGUGUGUACAGCUCACAAGUUCAGUACUGUACUUUUUUCAUUAGGGUAGGUAAAUAGAGUGAACAACAUACAACCAAAGCAUCAACAUUUUCGCCACUAAAUUGUUAUGAUCUGUCUGUGUAGUGUUGUGGGCAUUGUUGCUGGAUUUCAAAACGUAACAAUAAAUCAUAGUAAAAGCUUA